GUUUGUUUACACGUUACUUUCUGGUUUCAUUUGUCUUAUAACGACAACAGUUUGUCGCUAUUUACGACUGUACUCUAGUGUCUUUUUGUGACGUCCGUUUCAAAUGUCCGUCAGUUACGAAGACACGAAAUUCCACGAAGCCGCCAGAUUCAAUGACGUCGAUCUGCUCAAUCAGGCUAUACGAGAGAGAGUCGACCCAAACGCCAUCGGUCUCUAUGAAUGGACAGCACUGCACGAGGCUGUAUUGGGUGGUGACGUCAUCAUCACUUCAAAAUUACUUCAAAACGGAGCGGAUCCGUCGGUUAGAGAUCUUGUCAAUGGUUCGACGCCAAUGCAUCUUGCUGCCGGUGAAGGAAACUUGGCGAUACUUCGUCUUCUCGUCGAGAACGGCGGGAAUAUUGAUGUGAGAGAUGAUGGCGGGAAAACGGUUUAUGACGUCACGGAGGAUGUUUUGUGUAAGAAAUUCUUGAAAGAAAUCAGAGAGAAGAGAACGUUGAACGCGAAGGAAAGUAAAGAAACGAAAUUGUAUUUGGCAAAGAAGGUUCUGGAGAGAGGAAUGUCUCAGCUGGAUGUCGAGCAUGUGGUGAAGUUUGAGGAGAAUGUGGAUGUGCCAGAGGUGCUGUUGUCGGUCGAGUAUAAUUUGAAAAGUGGCAGUCUCAAGAUUCGAGUACGAAAAGUGAAACGAAUGAGAAGACCAGAUGGCGACAUGGCAGCUGCAACUUCAUUAUACGUGAAAAGCUAUCUUGCGUCAUCAUCCGGGAAACAAGAAUCCAAGCAGAAAACAGAAGAGAUCUCUCUCACACCGUUACCCGAUACGCCACAAUCGGAAACAAUCGAUUCACUCCUACCUGACAUGGAAUUCUUCACACCUCUUGAAUACACACACAUAUCCAAGGACAAGAUCCAGCACUACUUUGUUGUAAUAUCCAUUUGCUGCUAUUUUGGAUGGCCAAUCACGUCCAGUUCUAAUCUUGCAUCAAUGAGCCUUCCUCUUACAACAGCUGUGAAGGUAAUCAUGCCCACAUGGUUUGGUUUACAGCCGUGUGUUCACACUCAACAACCAAAAGCACGAAAGCAAUCCAACAAGGCACAGCAGCCAUCAGAACUACGGCCAGGCAAACCGAUAAAUGCGUGGGUGGGAGGAAAUAAUUCUACCAGAAAUGAACGAGACGAGAUUUCUCACAGAAAAGAGAGUAAGUCGUCUACGGUUAGUUGGAAAGGAGUGAAGAACGUGUGGCAGUCGGUCAGCGGACGUACGUCGCAAGUGAAGGUGUUUGCAGUAGAGAGAGAGCCAUUCGAAACGAAGAACAAAUCGGUGGACGACAAGUUUGAGAUCGAAGAAACGAUUGACGUAACUCAAAAGUCUGCCAGACCCAUCGAAUCAUUUAAUAUCAAUCGAUCUAUUCCCGAUCCGUUUGCUAUCGAGUCUCCAGAGAAAUCGAACGAACCAUCAACGGCAAUAGUAGAAAAACCACCAAUGGUGAAGACACGAGAAUCAGCUCAACUCAUUGAUAUCAUUGAUGAUGACGAGUUAGCGACCGUUUCUCUUGUUGACGUAAUGCAAGGUGAAAGAAAGCAAUCGAAGGUAAGAAGACAGAAACCAUCAGAUGAAAACAGACCAUCCAUAGUGAAUGUCACAACUCUGCCUGUUGUUCUUCCUGCCAUCUCAAACCUUAAACGUUCGGCCCUUCUUCAUUCGUCAGUCAACUCGUCUGAUGGAAAAUCGGGACAAAAACCUGAUCAAUGCGUUCCUCGUCCUCCGCAAGUGAAAACCCGUCAGAGUGCCACGUUAAUUGAUAUGGACAUACUGGACGAUCAAGUAGACGCUGAACUACAAAGCCUGGAUACUGUCAAGAAGCCACAAAGACAAGCAACGAGUCGGUAUCAUAUGAAGCAGAUGAAUGUGAGACAAGGUUGGACAUAACGUUCUCUACAUUUCUUGUGUUUGUUAUAGGUAUUGAGUUGGAUAUGUAAUAUUUAUAAUUAGACAAGAUCCUGUAGUUGUCUUUAAUUAAUUUGUUAAAAAAUUAAUUGAUUUGUUUUAGUGUACAUGAUUACCAAAGUACUGUACUACCUUCUAUUGUCUGUUUGGCCA